AUGAGUACUAAAAAUUUAGAAUAAAUAAGAUUAAAUGCUGUCUAAUUAAUAGAUGAAGGUAGAUAUUGAUAAAUAUUCUAUAGGGAAAUAUCAAUUUAUGAAUGGUGAUUAAUUUUCCAUAAAGAAAAACGGAUUUGAAUUAAUGAAAUAAGGAUGUUAGGAACUAUGCAAAUAUGCAAAAACAGAAAUUAAUUAGGAAUACAUAAAUUUAGCAAAAGAAAAGCUAUCAUUGUAUUGCGAUGAACUUAAUUAAAUGAAAUAAUACUUAGCUCCUUUUGAGGAAAAACAAAAUGAGGAAUAGAAUAAAAUAUAAAAUGAAUAGAAUAAAAAAGAAGAUUAAAAUUAAAAAAAAUAAAUUUUAAAAGAUAAUAAUAGUAUUUAUAAAAUAAAUUUAAGUUGAAAAUAAUACUUUGAAAACUAAUUUAAGUAAUGCUAUAAUAAAUGAAAAACCUAAUGUGAAAUGGGAAGAUAUAGCAGGAUUAGAAAAUGCAAAAUAAGUUUUAAAAGAAGCAAUAAUAAUACCAAUGAAAUUUCCAAAUUUAUUUUAAGGAGCUCGUAAACCAUGGACAGGUAUUCUUUUAUAUGGAGUAAAUAUAUUAUUAAUAUUUAUUUUAGCCACCUGGAACAGGUAAAACAUUUUUAGCUAAAGCAUGUGCAACAGAAUGUAAUGGUACUUUUUUUUCUAUAUCAUCUGCUGAUCUCAUAUCAAAAUAUCUUGGUGAAUCAGAAAAGUCAAUAAAAUAAUUAUUUUAAUUAGCAAGAGAGAAAAAACCAUCAAUAAUAUUUAUUGAUGAAAUAGACUCUUUAGCUAGUGCUAGAGAAAAUUCUGGGACUUAAGAUAAUAUGAAAGGAGUAAAAAAUUAACUUUUAGUUGAAUUAUCAGGAGUUGGAUCAGAUAAUGAUUAAGUACUUGUUUUAGGUGCUACUAAUAUACCUUGGAAUUUAGAUUCAGCUAUAAGAAGAAGAUUUGAAAAAAGAAUCUAUAUUCCUCUACCAGACUUGCAUGGAAGAUUAAAUUUACUUUAAAAUUAAUUAAAAUAAACACCUAAUAACUUAAACCAAGAUUAAAUUAAAUAACUUGCUUAAUAAUUAGAAGGCUACUCUGGAUCUGAUAUUAAUACUCUUAUUAGAGAUGCAUCCUAUGAAUAAUUAAGAAUAGUUUCAAAAGCUACUCAUUUCAAAUAAGAAUUAUUUCAAAAUCAACUUAAAUAUACUGCUUGUUCAUCAUCAGAUCCCUAAGCUUUAAAAAUGACAUUAAAAGACAUUAAAAGUCAACAAUUACAUUUACCUAAUAUUUAAUAUGUAAGACUAUAAAUCUUAAUUUUAGAAUGAUUUCAUGGCUGUACUUCCUAAAUGUAAACCUAGUGUUGCAUAAAAAGAUUUAAUACAACAUGAACAAUGGACUGCAUAAUUUGGAUAAUAAGGAUGA